GAGCCACAGGUAGGCGGCGGCCUCUUUUCCCAGGUUCGCGGAGGUUUUUUUUUCCCUUCCUCCCUCUCUCCUCCUCUCUUUCCAGCUCUCGCUUUCCGGGUUGGGAGUUCGGUGCGCUCAGAAAAGUGCCUGCAACGGCGCGGGGUUCCCCAGGUGGGGCUGCUCGGGGCUUCUCGCUUCUUUCUCCUCCCCCUCUCUCUGGCUGGCUUUCCUCCUUUGUGGCCGCAUUCAGGACGCUUCAUCCCCCUUCCCACGCUUCCUCCCGCUCAGUCUCCACUUCAGGGACAGAAACACGGACUCUUUCCUGUCUCCCGGCCACAGGGCAGCGCCGCUUUCCCCGCGCCCUCCGUGCAGCCCCGCUCCGCUCCCUCCCUCCCUCCCUCUCCUCCCGCCUCUCGGGGCCGCUCCCGCCCCCGGGGCCGCUCCCGCACAUGGGCACCGAGCGGGGCUCCGCCGAGGCGGCGGCAGCAGCGCCGGUUCUUGCCCAGCGCCAGAGCUCGUAGCCCGGCCGCCCUCCCGCCCCGAUCCAUUUGUUGUUGUUCUCCCUCCCUCUUUCCCUCUCUGCUCUCUCUGAACUUUUGUCACCGCGGCCGCUGCGCGGAUGAAGACUUUUCGCAGCAGGGACGCCUAGCUUCUCCCCCCUCCCCGCCGUGCCCUACGCUGCCCGCCUUCCCCCGCCGCGAUGCCGUUCCCCCUGCGGACCCUGGAGCCGCUGAAGCUGUGCAGGUUGGAGGAGGCCGGCGGGGAUGGCGCGGAGCGGGGCGGCCCGGCGCCGGCGGACCCCGCCGGGGCGGCGGAGGGGGGCGGCGGGCGCCGCCGAGGCGCGGUGCCGCUCUUCGGGGCGCUGGAGCAGGUCAGCUCGUACGCGCUGGUGUCGCUGCUCAUGCAGCUCUCCGACCUCUCCCGCUGCGCCGGCGACAUCUUCGGCGGGAUCCUCAGCGAGGCGGACUCCCUCUGCCACCGCAACGCCCGGCUCCAGCGCCGCCUCGGCGCACUGGAGGCGCUCCUUGCCCGCCUCGACCACCGCAAAGUGAAGAUCCCUGUUUCCAACCUAGAUGAAGAGAGUAGAUGGACUGUGCACUACACUGCUCCAUGGCACCAGCAGGAAAAUGUCUUCCUGCCCUCCUCAAGACCCCCUUGUGUGGAGGACCUCCACCGACAAGCCAAGUUGAACCUCAAAUCAGUGCUGAGAGAGUGUGAUAAGUUGCGGCGGGAUGGCUACCGGAGCUCACAGUAUUACUCUCAGGGCCCCACCUUCUCCUCAUCCUCCAGUGCAAUCUGUGGAAGUUACCAGGAUGAUUACGAAGAAAUUGAACAAAAGUGUCCCGUCUCUUCCCCAGAAGAAGAAAAGCUUAUUACCAUCAAAAGGCCUAAAACUCCAGUUUCAGAUGACUUAUCAGAUAUCAACACCCAAACCAACUGGACUAAGUCACUCCCGCUGCCAACGCCAGAAGAGAAAAUGCGACAACAAGCACAAGCAGUCCAAACAGACGUGGUUCCUAUUAAUGUGACUGGGGAGAAUUUCGACCGCCAAGCCAGCAUUCGGCGGUCUCUAAUUUACACAGACACGGUGGUAAGACGGCCGAAGAAAGUCAAAAGGAGAAAGACUAUUACAGGAAUCCCUGACAACAUACAAAAGGAGCUAGCAGUUGGCACUGGCCAAAGUGAUUUCCGAGGGCAUUCGAUGUAUGUCCCAGAUCACUGUUCCACGCUAGGGAGACUAGACAGCUACCGCUCUGCUAUGCAGCGCUCUGAAACCAAGGACACCAGCUGCCAGACGGAAGAAGUUAAAGUUGUGCCCCCUUCAAUGAGAAGAAUACGAGCACAGAAAGGACAAGGCAUUGCGGCCCAGAUGUCUCAAUUCUCCAGCUCAUCUGGAAACAUGUCAGUGAUGAGUGAUUCUGCUGCAGUUAUAUUUGCUUCUCGGCAAAAUAGCGACAUAGGUUUUCACAGCUUGCCUCGGGCUGGUGCAAGAGUGUCUCUGCAGUCCCUAGAGCAGACACAGAGCCUCUCUAGGCAGACAGAAGACAUCGCUGGCUCUUUACCCUACCAGAUAAGUAAAUUGCAAGUGGAUGAUAGUGUUGUGCAUCUGAGGAAUAAUUCCACAACAGGGACCCUGUCGAGGCCAAAGUCUCAAGAGGUGAGAAGCUAUGAUAGUGAAAAGUCCGCAAGCCCAGCAUGCGUGGUCUCUCCUCAUGCCACCUACUCAACGAGCAUCAUACCCAAUGCAACACUGUCAUCCUCUUCAGAAGUUAUAGUUAUUCAUGCUGCCCAGAGUGUUGGAUCAUUGGACAAUAAAAUUACCAGCUCCACUGCCUACCCAAAGCCAAGAGACAAUCCUGUUGCCAGCAGUGCAGUAAGUGGGAAAGAAGAUCACCAUUCUUCAAGCGGUAACUGGAGUGAGAGUAGCUCCACACGUCACUCACAGACAUCAGAUACCAUCCCAUCCAAUGCUAUCAUGAUGCUUUCUCUUGGUGACUCUGCUGUCUCUCUUAGCACUCCUGGAAAUGCAGAGGCUGGGUCUCAGAGUGUGGGCUACAGCUGUAGGAACAAUCUCACUUUACCAAACCCUUCCCAGGACAGCGAUGGUAGGAGUGAUUCUAGCUGUUCUGGAGAGCGAGCACAAGCGGCAGCAAACAGCACAGAGCAUUGGCUGUACAAGUCUGCAGAAAACAGUGAGACCCCUUCACACAAGGUGGUUUGUACCACACCAGGUUGUGCCACUCCUGGUAGCAACAUGAGCAGCAGCAGCCUGGAGAGGACUUCGGUCAGAGAUGACUCUACUUCUCUGUAUUCUGUGGACCAUGAUGGUUAUUAUGGUUCCAUGCAUAUGGACUCUGGACUGAAAUCAGACAUGUCUUGUGAUAGUACUAAUGGUUUUGGGAACUCCAGAGACAGUGUGAUAAAUGUCUUCGAAGGAAAGGAGAAAAAACAUCAGGAUGACCAGUCAGGCCAAGGUGAAAAAUCCCUUGUAAGAAACAUCUCUCUGAAAAAGGCAAAGAAGCCGCCUUUGCCACCAUCCAGAACGGACUCACUCAGAAGGGUGCCCAAGAAAAAAACCCAGUCGAAUGGACAGGUACUUGAUGAAACCCUGAUUGCCACCCUUCAGCAUUCUCUGCAGUUGAAUCUCAAAUGCAAAAAUGGCAGCUCCCCUUCCCAGAGUCCCUGCAGUGAUUAUGAGGAUCCCUGGGUGUUGCGCUCCCGCAGCCAAAGCUCAGUCAGCGCAAGCAGCAGCAUGAUGUCCACCACUGCUCCAAACCUUUACUCCAUCUGCACAGUCACUCCCUCUCAGAGUGAAACAAGUAGCAUCAAGUCAGAGUAUGCAGACCAGUGGGGUUACUACAGUGACUAUGCAGCCGUGGCAGAUGACCAGGUAAAAUCCCCAGUGACCCAUUCUGCCAGUACAUCAUCUGCUCUCAGCGAUUACAGCAUCAGCCACUUCAGUGAUGGCUCAAGGGCUUCUGUGCCACAGGUGCCCAGUGGACUGACCAAACCAAAGAGCACUUCUCCGGAGAAAUCCCACCGAGUCACAUCGCCAUCGAGUGGGUACUCCAGCCAGUCCAAUACACCCACUGCACUUACUCCAGUGCCUGUAAUUUUAAAAUCUGCAUCAUCAGGAAAUGGAAAAUCCAAGCUGAAGCCUAAAGUGCCUGAAAGGAAGUCCUCUCUUCUGUCUUCGCUCUCCAUGUCUUCCUCCUCCACUUCUCUUUCUUCAAAUACAUCUACUGAAGGGAGUGUGAGUGUGAAGAAACUGGACUCCACCCUGAGCUCCGCUCCGGAUUCUGGUGCUUCCCCUCUGCCACCUCUUCUUCCAACACCUCCUCCACAUUGCCCUGAAGUUUCUCCUCCCCCUCCUCCUCCUCCAGCAGAAGUCAUGGAUCUGUCACCACUGCCAGCCUCUCCCACCUUCCCGCCUCCUCCACCAGAAGCUGAUGCAAAUUCUUCCUUUGCCCAGACUGUCCCAUGGUUUCCACAAGAAGCCUCCAUCAGUUCAUUCUCUUCCCCUUGUCUUUCUCCUUCCACUUUCCCCUUAGCUGUCCCGCCACCAGCACCACCUCUUGAUCCCAAACUAACAAAAGGUGCAACAAUAUGCCCACAGUAUUCUUUUAAGAAACGUAACCAGGAAGAGUCUUGCUACAGUCCAGUGAAACAGCCACUCAACAAGCAAGAUUCAUCAAGACCUGUGAUGCCUUUAGUAACUACCAAAGCAUUGCAAAUGGUGCAGCUGAGGUCUGUGAAAAAAGCGACAGAAGGUGAACCAUCACCUGAAUCUGCUUCUGAAACUGCCUCUCAGGAAAAGGGUACUGUAAGCUCAUCAUCUCAGUCUUCCCUGAAGCCAUCUCUCUCACUAAGACUCAGCAGCAGCGUAGGUGAAGAGGAAAUGAAAACUCAAGGCACUUCAUUUAAAAACUCAAUUCAAACACUGGCUCGGGGUUCUCCUGUCAUUCUGUCUGAUAAUGUACCUGCACUUGACAGGGAUCAAAAACCUGUGAGUGCCAUUGGUCUUAUUAACAAGUCUUUUGAAGCUGAUGCACUGGGGACAACUGGUGAAGACACACCUGAGCCUUCAGUGCAGAGUGAAGACCUGCAUUCUGGCAUGUCACUUCAGGGGUCACCAGCAUCUCCCGACAAGACUCAGGUCAUAUUGCCAAACAAGAAACCACCUCCCAUUUCAAAGAAACCCAAACUGUUCCUUCUUGUACCACCUCCACAGUUAGAUCUUACAGUGGAGAAAAAAGCUGAAGUGAGUGAUACUGUCAGAAGCACAUCAAGCCCAACUAAGAGAGACGCUGUGCUUGCACACUGCGAGGAGGCGAGAAAUUGUCUUACAGAUGGACUCAGUUCUAGCGAGAUGGACUCUGGCAGCCUGGUUCCUGAGGGAGGAGCUGCUGGAUUCACCUUCUCAGAGACAGUGGGAGCUAAUGCCUUUGUGGUACAGCCUGCUGCAUCACCAGUUCAAGAAGAACCCAGGCAGGAGGAGCAGUCUGCUUUUGAAGAAGGAAGCAGUUCAGGCAGCAGCCAAGACAGCGGCAGUAACACUGACGGGCACCUAUCUCAAGAAAACGAAACUGUGGAGGUGUUCGAAUCGGAUACAGCACAUACUUCAUUCCUGCCAAGCAAUAGUUAUGGGGAAGAGGCGGAUGGAGUGGCAACACCAGCGAGACCAAGGACUACCGAAGAUCUUUUUGCAGCCAUUCACAGAUCCAAAAGGAAAGUCCUUGGCCGUAAAGAUUCAGAAGACGACCGUACCCGCAACCAUUCUCCGUCGCCCCCCGUAACGCCCACUGGUGCUUCCCCAACCUUAACUACCCUUAAACAAGCCGGAUCUAUCCAGAGGAGCGUUCGCAAGAGCAGCACCAGCAACGACAACUUCAAAGCCCUGCUGCUGAAGAAAGGGAGCCGCUGUGACACCAGCUCCCGCAUGUCUGCGGCAGAGAUGUUGAAGAACACGGACCCGCGGUUCCACCGGACAAAGACGGAUGUGUCCCCGGAUGUUUCUGACAGCCCUACCAGCUGCUCACCCAGCAAGAGCAAACGGGCCCAGGAAGAGUGGGCCAAGAGUGAGGGCUUGAUGCCAAGGAGCAUGUCCUUCUCUGGCACUAGGUACGGCCGGUCCCGGACACCCCCCUCUGCUGCCAGCAGCAAAUACAAUGUCCGCAACCGCAUCCAGAGCAGCCCCAUGACCGUCAUUAGUGAAGGAGAUGGGGAGCUGGUGGAACAGUCAGAGGGCAGGGUCCGAAGGACUUUGGAAGAGCAGCAAGAGAGACAGCUUGAUAUGUUUAACAGUGAUGAAAUGGACGUGAAUGACUUUCCGUAUGCUGAGGAGGCAGGCUGCAAGGAGACCUUGGAUCCAACCCAUUUAGACUUACUGACUCAACCAGGUGCUUCAAGGAAGUAUCUAAGUCCUUCAGCUGAAUGAAAGUUAUGAGACAGUGACAAAAGGCAUUGGAUAUUAGUCUAGAAAAUAAUGGAGGACUAGAUUCCAGAAGAAAGCCCAGAUCAGGACAAGUUUACUUUGCUGAGCAUUUAAUCCAUGAACUGCAUGUGUGUGUUUAAAUGCUAAAGCAAUGAUAGUUCUGCAUGGUUGGGUUGGGGGGGGAGGACUUGCGCUGAAUGAGUGGUCUGUGGCUUAAAGAAGGUUAACAGUUGAAUUUUGUUUUUUUGUGUAAAGCCUUAGAAGUCCUCUUGGGGGGGAGUUUUCACAGAGCCUGUAGGGGUGUGAAGUUUUUCUUUUUCUUGACUGCAAUUGCGCGAGCAACAUUUAGGAAUAAGCCUGAAAAAGAGGAAUGGGAGGGCUCCUGUGGUACAAGCUGGAUGUUUGCUUCAAAAGCAUUGUAGAGGUGCAGCGUAGUGCAUUCAUUAAGCAGGGAGAGGCACAAUGAGGCCCAUUCACCUAUGGGAAGGGAGUAGGGUUGGUGCUGGGGUGUUAAUAUGGCUUAUUACUGGGGUAUGCCCCCAGUGUUCAGUGGAGCGUGUCCUGCUAAAGCAGUUAGUGCAGCAGGUUAUGAAUUGGUCCAGGGUACCUCUAGUUUUGUUUUUUCCUGAGGGAAAAUGAAAUGCGUAGUUAACAUGGAAAAGGGAGCUGAGAUUUAUAACACCCCACUAGCUGCUAUGCAGCCACACACAUAUAUGCUUGGAGAAACACUCAUAUCCAAGUGAAUUGCUUCCUUGACUGGAGUAUUCCCUUAGAGAACUGGAACAACUGGAUGUGUGCAGAGGAUGCGAGCAGACAGCAGAAAGGUGGAAGAGGAAUUAAGCAGUGUACUGCCAGAGUUUGUAAGGGUGACAUUUCUGAAUUAGAAAGGAAAAUUUGACUUUGAGAACUUGCACUACAGAGCUGCAGGUGGAGCCUUGUCUUUCAGAAUUGAAAUGGGAGCUGUGUUUUGCCAGAAGUCUGUCUUCCAUUUGUCAAAAUGGAAAGAUUAUUACUUUUCAUCACUUGAAAUACAGAUACUUGCUAACUUUUGGUUACCAAAGAAUAAGUUACUUUCCUCUGAUUUGCCUGCAGUAUUUCUCUUCUUUUUUAACCUGAAUAAUUUAGUGAGGUUCAGUUUUAUUAUAUAUUUUACAGGUAAUAAAACCACAUAACGGUUUUCCAAUUUCAAAGAAGACCAUUAAUUAAAACUGAAAUAUUGGCUGGAGUUUUUGGUUCUUAGUAGCAAUGAAGCUUUUAAUUUUUAAGGGGAAUUUUGCAUCAUUUGAUGGCGUGCGCAGUUUUUGUAUUGUUUGUAAAUACUGAAAGUUGUUAAAAUAUCUUUUGAUCUCACUACCGUAGAAUUUAUACAUUUUUAGAUUGCUUUUAAGAAGAAAAAGCACUCUUUGUAGAUUAUUUAUUUUAGAGAAAUAUGCUUGUAAUCUCUUUCUUCAAUCCUUCUACUUGUUAGUAAUGUAAAUUUCAGGGGCCUUUGUUUAACUCUUCCCUUCCCAAGAGGGGAAUAGUCAUGAAAAUGCUGUGACUUUGCUUCAAUAAAGAAAAAGGCUGCCAGUUGCCAUAUUGUCUUUUGAGUUGAUUAAAAUCUCCUUCAAAAGAUGUGUCCCACAGCAUAUGGCAACCCACCAAAUGCCAUAAACCAUGCAUCCAGCUACUAAUCUCCAGUUUUCAUCACAAAAUGUACUAAUUCACUUCACAGACAACUAAAGCCUGCUUACCCAUCUAUCCUGUUUUGGCAUCUCAAUGCUGAGACUAAAAAAUUAAAGUAAUCCUAAAUUUCUGACAGUAUCUUUUGUGAGAGUUUCUACUACUUCCCUUUUACUUGCAACCUGUCCCCAAAAACUAAAAUUCUUGGAGAAUCAGAUUAUAAGCAGUGUGUGAAAAGUGAAAUGGAGAAGGUGAAUCCAGCUGCACUCACUUUAACAUGUGUGGGAUUAAGUGCUGCACAGCAAACUUUCCACUAUGUUUGAAUGGUAAAUAGAGACUGAUGGAUUUUUUUUAAUUACUUGCAAACCUAAUUGGAUAGAUUGUUUCAGGUAUUAUUAAUAUGGAUCAGAACUACAUACUGUUGCAAAGAGAUUGUGCAAAAUGUCCUGCAGCUACUAAAUGUCUGAUGAGUGUUGCUUUGGUGUUUCUCCCAGAGCUAAUCACAUGGAACUUAGAGCACAGUGUCCUUUCCACAGCAGGUACUGCCCCUUUUAGAGCUAUGUGUAACUGCUGACUAGUCCUUAUGCCACCAUCCCGACAGGAAAAUGCUCAGGCUUUGUUUUAGUGUUUACAAAUGGGGAAAUCAUCUAAGUGAAAAAUGGCAGCAUUGGAGAAAAUUACAGUGUGUGCAGCUCAUGCAGGACUUGGCAGCAUUCUGCAUGAAGUGCCUGUAGGAGGGAGGGAGCCUGGCCAGCUUGUUUCCCUGAUGCUGGCCAGCUGAUGCUGCUGGGUAUUGCUAUAGGCUAUAUGGGGAGCUCUUUGUGAAGUCCCAGCUCACAUGCACACCAUCUUGUCAAGGCAGGUAGGUGACAUUUAACUUGAAUGUUGCAUGACUGGAUUUCUCCUCUGGCAACAGGUAGCCUUGAUGCUCGUCUAAAACCUGCAUCUGAUGUUAGGUGAGUUUGGGUUGAGGCUCAGGUUUUGGCUGAAGGCAGUGUUUGUGUAGCCCUACUGAUGAUGCUAUGUGACUACACUGUACACAGUAUAAGGUACAGCGAAAUACAUUAAAUGUGCUGAAAUAUGUUUAAUAGUGCUUGUAAUGAUACUUAUUAAGCAACUGAGGAAACUUGCUUAAGGAGAUACCAGUGUGUCAUCUCCCCACUGCCAUCAUGCUCUGUAGCAGCACACAGAAUUAAUUGGUCAGUAGCUGUUUCCUCAGCAAUACACUCCUUGGCCCAAGUUUCCGCUACAAAACCUUAAGAGCAUCACAGCUUUAGGCUGUGUUUUCUGUACUGGCAACAACUUUGGUGUGUAUGUAAUUAUGCUAAGGAAAACAUUACUAAUUUUCUGUCAUGCAUCCAACCUCAAAGCUGCUUUCUUCCACUAUAAGCUUCCUUCAUUUGCUUCAUUCAUUUGCGGCUUUAUUGGUCAACAAGUAUAGAUGAAAUUUAGCAAACCUCUGCUAAAGACAUCCAGAGCAGUAGAAGAGGAUGAAAAAUACACACACUUUGACCAUGCUAAGGAGAAAAAGGAGACUUGUCAUCCUGAUGCUUAAUGAAUCUUACUGUCAGUUAGAGGGCUUGUACAGAGUUUACAGUUGGUUUACUGUUUGCCUCUGAACCAAAAUUCAUUAUUGAAGCUAGAUGUGAGAUUAAUUUCUGGUUUUCCUUUUAUUGGGAAUGAUUUUUAGCAUCAGUCUUUUCCUAAAUUCUGCUCUUUAUUAACUCAUUCUUUGCUUCCUUUCUUGAUGUUCAGAGUUCUUUCUUACUGCUGUUAGAUGUAGGCAGCCCCAAUCUCCCUUAGAAUUAGAGCCCCUCAGUUAUUAAUACAUUCAUGAGGCUCUGGCAUUUACAAGCCUUCACUGUUUAUAUACUGGAGAGAGGAGAAUUUAUUAACUUCAGUGAAAGAUAGUUAUGCAAGGAGCAAUAGCUUGGUGAGAGGAGGUUUGAAAGGUUACUGGAAAUCAGUUAAAAGAAUUGGGAAAGAAGAUUUGAUGAAGGCAGGGUUUUGAAGAACCAGGAUUAGAUGCUGGUUCAUGCAUAAGGCUUGGCAUGAAAGAAGGCACAAAAUAAUGGCAGAAAGGGUGAAGCAGGAAGGUUACUGAGAAGAAAAGUAUAGUGAAUUCACAGAACAACAGUAAGGUAUGAGGCGGGCAGGAUAUGCAGAUUCUUCAAGACAAGCUUCAUUAAGUACAGAAGAGAGAAAAAGGCAAAGGAACAACAGGAGGAUAGUCACAACAAGGGGUAAGAAAAAAUAGUCAAUUUUUUUUUUUUAUGAUUCAAAGGUUAUAGAAGGCCAAAGUCAGACAAACGGGGAAAAUGUUUUAGAAAAGGAAAAAGAGCAAAACCGUGUGAGUUUAGAGAAACAGUAAUGGGCUGAAGUGCGGAAUGCUGUAGGAGUGCCCAGGCAACACCAGGCAGGUGACUAUAGACUCGAGCACAACUCUGGGAGGGGUUCUGCACAGAAAAGCCAUGCCUGGAGUCUGGGAAGAAUAUAGGAUCAGGAAGAUUAAACCUCAGGUUCAUCCUGCCUAAUUUCUACCAAGUGCCCUGCAUCCAGGGAUUUCCAUGGACUUGCUCCAGCUAUCCACAGACACCUGUGCUGUGGUAAUUUGCUAAGCCUUCAGUUAUUUCUGGAAGAGAAGAGAGACCACUUGUGCAUGCAGCACAGGGAUACAUGGAUUGCAAGCAAAUACAUCUUGCCAGGUAUUGUUUGGCUCCCACAAUGUUCUGGAAAAGCCAUUUAUAGUGGCUUUUGCUGCUCCAACAAAACUGUUACUACAGGACUUUCAGGUGGUUCAGAAUGCCUCACUGUUUGCUUCUAUAAGAGAAGAUGAAAAGGACAGAGUUCAACAAAAAAAAACAAAGUGUUAAAUAACUGACAGUGGCAAUGAGGAAUAAUUUUAUCUAUUUUAUUUAAAAUAAUUUAAGCACUCACAAAAGCCACAAAGUUACAAAUUACAUUAGCUAUAUUAUGUUCAAAGUACAUUAUCUUAGCUCUUGAGUUACCCCCUUUAUUUUCUGAGGAACUUUCAGAAGUUCAUUUCUUUCCCAGACAAGAUGAGAAAAGAAAGCCUUCUGAAAUUAGGUAAUUUUCUUGGUUCUAAAGAGGCCUUACCAACUUUAAAUCAGGAUUAAAAUCUUGCCAGGUAUUACGUACUGGAUUAUGACUGUGGCUACACUGGUGUGAAUUAAUAAAUACUCAGCAGAGUAAAAGAGAUGUUGAUAAAGAUGUAAAGAUGUGCUAUAUCAUCUGUUGUUUUGAAAGACUGGGUAAAAGCCUUGAUAGUGCUUCCCCAGCAGAAGUGAGUAUGUUUUAUGUUGCAAAUUUACCUCUUUUGCAGUAAGGUUCUUUCACAUAAUGCACAACCAACACUUACAGGCCCAUCAGUUCUUCCGCCAACAAUGCAAAUGCAAAAUGUCACUGAUUUCUAGUUUGAAAUUGUCUGUUAAUAGUGAAUCCAAAUGUGGGGGUAUAUGCGUGUCGUGGGGUAUAUACAGUAUGGAGAAAAGUCAAUCCCAGUCGCUUCUGUCUGUAGCAUACUGCUCUAUUUGUGCACCAGCCUGCAGUAUAAAACAGAAAUUGUUAGGUACUGAAUGAAGAAAAAAAGUAAACAUCUGUUAGGACAUGUACGUUCCAGAAGUUCCUGCAUAUUCACUACCUUGUGAAAAAAAACAGUAAAAAUGUAAGUUUACUUACACUUGUUUAGAUGGUAAAAACUAAUUGGGUUGGGGUGAAGAUAUGAAUUACAAAAACAAUUAUAUAAAAUCUGGCAACAAACAAGAAGUACCAGAAAUAGAAUGUCCCACCUGCAUCUGAAAAAGAAUGGUUCUACAGUGGCAGCAUUUAAGAAUUACUUAACUCACAAGUUGUUCUUGUUACACCUCAGUAGUAACAGAAUGUCUUCUUUAAAAGUCAGUCAAAUAUCCACUGUUAGCUCCUGUAGGCAGGAAUUUGUGUCCAUUUUUCUGCAGCCCAGUGUGAAAAGACUAUUAGAAAAGUAGCUAGUAAUUUGAUCUGGAAAAGGCAAACUGCUUUCUAGGCCAGUUUAAAACCAGUCGAAGAGCACUACAGUGACAAGAGCAUUCGGUGCCCAAGGCAGCAUCACCAGUGGAGAAGCUGCCCUAGCAGAGUCUGAAAGAUGGUCCCAUCCUUCUCUCCUUCAUGAGAAUGUUGUAAUGCAGUACCUGAGAAACGGUGACUGUUGUAAAUUUUAUGUCAACUGGGAACCGCAAUGUGGUCAGAAGGAUUAAAAAAAAGGAAAGGCCAGAUUUCUACAGUUGGCACAACAGUCACCAACUAGGGAGUGAUAAUGAUUUUCAUCUAUUUACCUUUUUAUAGAGUCCUAACACAAAGCACAUUGCAGAAAGGAGAUCUUAAAGACAACAAGAACAUACGCACGAGGAAGCAUAUGCCCAGGAGCAGAGGUCAUGCAGUAGCACACAAGUGAAAGUGUGGCUUUGGGGUAGCUUGUAUCCACUUGCAAGCCAUGGGCAUGACAUACAGUUCCAAACUACUGGCAAUCCCAGAUGGAACUGGCAUAUUCCCAUACACAGCACACUUUAUCCAUUAUCCAGGCCGUCAUUCAGGAUCAUUUGAAAGGACUUUGUCCCUGUUUCUGUCACUGGCCUCAUUAAUGGUAAUGAGAAAAUCACUUGAGAAAAUCACUAGAGAAAAUCCUGGGCAGAAAGGUGCCUGUGAUGUGUCAUACAGGUGAAAAGGUGUACAUCAGUGUAAUAUUCAGGAGGUUUUAGCACUUUAUUCCAACACAGAACAUUGACAAGACUGGUUUUCUCCAUUUACUGAUACAUCUUUUUGCCAAAUUGUCAGACAUGGAAACUGUGGCGUGUGGGGACAUGAAAAGCAGCUGACAGGUUAGUUCUUUACGUUUAAAAAGACACAGCACUACUUUGUUUCUAGACUGUUAAGCACAACCCUAAACAAGUGAGCUUGUGUAAAACGAAAGUCUUUUCUGAAGUACAGGCUGGAGCCCAGGACUAACUAUGCAAAAAAUUGGUCAUCUAAUUCAUGGCAUGAGCUUCUUGUGUGACGUGACAACCUAUGUAGACCCAGGUUGGAUUUUGUGAACAAAGAAUCUCAAAAAUCACUUUCUGUGCCACAAACAUGCUCUGUCUGAAAUUAUCACCAGUGUCUGGGAAAUUGUAGUGACCUCUUACACGCGAAACUGUUAGUCCAUGUUAGAAGUUACCUAAAAUACUUGCUGAGAAAGGAGGGAAGAAAGCAUCUUGACAAUAAACUGAAAAUGUCUUCCUCAAAAGUCA